AUGGCGGCCCAGCGCCUGAUCGUCACAGCCGUCGCGCUAAUAUUAUUCGCACGCGCCAACAAUCCCGUGCUCGAGGUCGAGGUGCUCGUCGGCGACACGUCCCAACCGCUCGUGCUGCGCGACGGCAGCGAUCCCUGCGAGAUCAUCCGGUCUUUCUGCGGCCCGCGGGACGCCUGCGUCUGGCAGCUCGUGAAGCACGUGCAGCCGCUCCUCCAGGCCGACUGGGCCGCGGCCUCGGCGCGCCUCGCCAUCUCCGACGCCUACCUCGCCGGCUGCGCGGGUAACGCGUCCUUUGCGCGCGGCGCGCCGCGCGGGAACGCGUCGGCGGAGCUCGUCGGGUUCCUCGAGGCCGCGAUCGCGUCGCGGGACGCGCACUCGCCGUUCCUGCGGCGCUACAACCGGGAGAAGGCGAAACUCGCGCCGGAGGAGCGCGUCGCGCACUACGCGGCCGUCGCGCGGCUCCUGCCCGGCAACGCCGCGGCCAUCGACCACCUCGCGUGCGCUUUAACGGCCACGGGCCAGCGGGCGAGCGCGGCGCGCGUGCUGCGGCGCGGCGUCGAGGUGCUGCACUUGUGGCCGUCGGCGCUCCAGCGGCCGUCGACGCUCGUCGCGGGCCUCGAGGCGCGGCCACUUUGGGACGAUUUGGACGAGUUCCCCGCCGUGCGCGCGGUCGCGGGCGGCGCCGUGCUCGCCGCGCUCCUGCCCGAGCUCGUCGCCGAGCUCGCGCGGGACCGGGCCGACUCGUUGGUCGUGGCCCAGGCCGAGGGGCUCGUCGACGGCGCGCGCGCGCGCUGGGACGAGAUCGUGCUCUUCAAGCACGACGUCGACGACGCGGCGGCGGCGGCGCGCUUCCCGCGGACGCUGGCGGCGAUCCGCGACGCCGACGACGGCCGCGGGCCGUCCUUCUUCAACGCCAAGGUGUCCAUCCUGCACCCGGGCUCGCGGAUCCUGCCGCACUGCGGGCCCUCGAACGCGCGGCUCCGGGCGCACCUCGCGGUGAGCCACGGCGGCGGCGCGUCCAUCCGCGUCGGCGACCGCGCCCCCGUGUCCUGGGUACCCGGCGAGGCCCUCGUCCUCGACGACUCCUUCGAGCACGAGGUCGUCCACGCCGGCGCCGCGCCGCGCGUCGUGCUCAUCCUCGACUUCUGGCACCCGGACCUCCCCGCGGAGGACCGGGCCUUCGCGAAGUACGGCGAGUCGGAGCUCAUCCGCCUGCGCACGGAGAACUCGCAGCUGCGCCAGCAGCUCUCGUCGGCGCAGCAGCAGCUCCAGGCGCUCCACGCCGUGCUGCGCCAGCAGCAGGCGCAGAUGGCCUACGCGGCGGGCGCGCAGGCCGCGGGGCGGCCGCAGCCCAUGCCGCCGCAGCAGCCCAUGGCCGCGGCGCCGCGCAUGAUGGCCGCGCCGCCGCCGCGGCCGCAGUUCCCGCCGUCGCCGAUCCCGUCGACGCACGCGCCGUCGCCCGCGAAGCCGCAGGACCCCUUCGGCGCGCUCUUCGCCCAGGCCGUCGCGCCGCCCGCGGCCGAGCCCGCGCCGCCGCCGGCGGCGCCCGCCGCGCCGCCGCCGCCGCCGGCCGCGCCCGCGGCGCCGCCGCCGGCCGCCGCGCCCGUCGACGUCUUCGGCGGCGACCCCUUCGGCCUCGGCGCGGCGCCGCCGGCGGCGCCCGCGGCGCCGAUCGCGCCCGCGGCGCCCCUCGCGGCGCCCGUCUCGAACCCGGACCCCUUCGGCGCGGGCGGCCUCUUCGGCGGCGCGGCGCCGGCGGCGCCGGCGCCCGCGGCGACGCCCGCGGCGGCGCCCGCGGCGUCGACCUUCGCGCUCUUCGGCGGCGGCGACGACGACGAGACGUCCGAGGAGGAGGAGGACGACGACGACGGCGACGAGGAGAACGCGCCGGCCGCGGCCGCGCCGGGCCCCGCGGCGCCGGCCGCCGACGACGAGAAGAAGAAGAAGAAGGCCUCCAAGGAGGAGAAGAAGGCGAAGAAGGAGGCGAAGAAGCAGGAGAAGAAGAAGAAGAAGGAGGCCAAGGAGCGCCAGCGGCGCGAGCUCCAGGCGCGCGCGGACUCGCGGAACCCGGAAAGCUUCUCCUCGAGCUACAGCCGCGGCGGCAUGGGCGGCUCGACGAACUCCAAGUGGCAGGGCAUCGGCUCCGACUCCGUGUCCUCCGCGGGCUACGGGCCCUCGGGCGGGUCCGGCGGCUUCUCCUCGUCCAAGUUCGACAACCCGGGCAAGUACCGCGGCUUCGGCAACCCGGCCUUCGACAACAACGUCGGCGGCGGCGACGACGACGAGGGCCUCGGCGCGCGCGCGGGCGCCGCGGCCAUGGGCAUCUUCUCCUCUGCCAAGGACAUGGUCGGCCGCUUCGCCGGCGGCGACUCGAACGUGUCCGAGAUCGGCGGCUCCCACGCGGGCUCGGGCCUCCGGUCCUACUCGUGA